AUGCAGUCUCUGGCGACGUUCCUCAAGAUCCGGGCAGACGCAUCAACGAAGGAUCCGUACAGAAUAGCAGGAAACGCGGCGGUUGAAGAGGAUGCCGCUGACAUACCUAUGGACCACGACACGGCAGUCACAUACGUCCUCUCCUUCUGCAUCAUCGCCGCCGCCGUCUGUGGAAUCUUUGUGGCCACGCUGGUUGUCAAGCACCGCAAGCGUCGACGCGCCCAGAGAUGCGAGAAGGCUGACAGCGCGGCGCAUUGGGAGAAGCUCGACACCCGAACGACGGGCUUGCUAGGAGCUAGAGAUCGCUUCAAGCGGAUGGGUAUCUUCCAUCCGUCCACGGCGUGUCUGCGACAACUCGACUAUCGCCUGCCUUGUCGUUGCCCGCUCUGUGUUACAGCCGAGGAAAUGGCUGAGGCUUCGGACUUGAACUCUCGAACAGCUACCCCACCCACAGGACCCGUCACGUCGCCCACGGCACCCACGGACUCUAGUUCAGGACGGACCCACACCUUCCCUCGUCGCCCACGCAACAACGAGAACGCAUUCGCCGGUCUCAUUCGCACCCGCCCUGCUCAACCAGUCUCUCCGCACGAACACGAAUGGACCCUCUUCCACGGCUCGUCGCCUGCGCUCGCUGGUUCUACGUCUACUCGCUCGGGCCCCCAGCUUACUCCCAUAGAGCCUGCUCGGCUGUCGCAGAUGUCGCCGCUCUCCAGCUUGAGGUCGUCUCUCGUCCGUGAGCUCGAAAGGCCUCCUCUCUUCUCAGACGACUCGGGCUUGUCCACCCUCAAGGUCGUCACCACGCCAAAGAUCACCGAAGACACCAGGGACGUUUCCAUGAGUCUAGAGACGAUCGCUGCCUUCAAGCUUGUUCCCGAGAUCAACCUCACAGACAAGAACGCGUGGAUCUCUGACACCGAUUGGGUCUUAGCGACUGAAUCACUUGCGCAGUCCCCGCUGAGGAUGGCCGUCAGGACCCCACUGUGUCUCCGCUGCGAAGAUGGUGGUUCGGCCACCGCUGGCGAAGGUUGA